UCCAAGAAAAUACAGGGAUUAAUCCCUGUAAGAUACAGGGAUUCAUACCCGGGAUUCCUUGUGAUAUGAUGUAGCGUUGCAACUUCAACAUGGGAGAGCAAUAUGUUGACGAACUGGCAACUCGUAUGAGCUCAACAUAUUUAGCCCAGGGUGGCAGGGUGGACCAACAUAUCACUCCUUUACACAUCGGGAUACACGCUUCUUCGCUAAGGAGGAGGAGACACCAUGGCAGCAGAGGACUCAGAAGCCCACGAGCAAAGAAUGGAGGACCUGCUCAUGGAGGAGGAAGAAGACCUAGGAACAGCAGAGGAUGGAGAGAGAGCGGAGAUGGAAUCCUCUCUCGUCAACUGGAUUUCGGAUCACAUGCUGCUCAUCAUCGCGCUAGUGGUCGUGAUAGUAAUAGUAAAACUGAAGCUGAAAGACUGGAGACAGAGAUGGUUUGCAGCCUUCAUGAACGCCAUGAGUAGCACGGUCGACGUCAAGAGAGAAAUCAUGAAGAAGGAGCUCUUCUCCUCCAUGGCCUCCAUCAAGUCACAUGACGAAGAGCUGCGAAGAGUGGGUGGCAUCAAGGUCCUGGAGAUUGGCGUGGGCACUGGGACAAACUUCGCCUACUACCCAGAGGGGACCAGAUUGACAGUCAUCGACCCCAAUCCCCACUUCCAGCAGUACUACAACGACAACCGGACCAAAUUCCCCAACAUCCACAGUGAGGACAUUAUACUGACUACAGGCGAAGAAAUGGACAUGAUACCUGACAACAGCAUCGAUGUAGUGGUUGUGACCCUCGUCUUCUGCAGCGUGGAGAACACGGAGAAGAUCCUGAGGAACAUCUUGAGGGUCUUGGCUCCCGGCGGAAAGCUGUACCUAUACGAACACAUCAGGGAAUUCGACACCAAGAACCACUCGAUCAGGGCGCUCCUCCAGACCUUCCUGACGAAAUCUGGAAUCUGGCCCUUCCUCCUGGAUGGCUGUUGCCUGGACAGAGACAUGUUCCAGGCCCUGGAAAAUGCUGGAUUCUCCAGCGUCAAGAUGGAGCGCUUCCACGCUGACAUAGACCACUUUGUGUUCCAACUGAUUGCACCUAGUCUCAAAGGAGAGGCUGAGAAAUAAGUGGUGGACCCUUUCCCUGGAGGGUAUAGGCCUAUGCCUAGUCCUGGUCUGAUAACAGAUUGUAAAUGAGCUCUUUUAGAUGGCUAUGCUCUUUUCUAGGUAGGCAUAGGCCUAUGCCUGGUCUCAUGUCAGACUGGAAAAUGAGCUCUUUUAAAUAGGUUUAGCCAUUUUCCAGGAAAGAAUAGUCAGAGACCUGGCCAAUAGGGAAACUGGAAAAUAAGCGUGUGACCUGGAAGGCAUAGGCCUAUACCUAGUACAGAGACAAACUUGAAAAUGAGCUUUUAAAUUGUUAUUGCUGAACAGCAUAGGUCAUAGGCCUACACCUAGUCCAGGGAGACACUGCAAAACAAGUUCUUUUAAAUGUUAUGGCAGAACAGCAUCGGUCUAGCUCAUGUCCUGGAAAGCAUAGGCCCAUACCUAGUCCAAAGACAGACUGGAAAAAGAGCUAUUUUAAACGGUCAUGGUAUGGCAGCAUAGGCCCAGCUCGAGAGGACCAUCACACAUUUGUCAUGUCGUCCAUAGAAUUCCAGGAAAGGCAGUGGGAAUACAGAAAACGUUCUGGAAAAAGUGUCUAUCAUAAUUGGCCACUCUCCAGCUGAUUUCCAAUGUGUAAUGAUAAAUGCUUUGAGUGAUAGUCCUAAGGUGAUAAUAUUACCAGGAUAAAUGUAGACUGUAUUACAGUCUACAGCAUCGACAGAUUUCCCGGUUCGACUACAGUUUAGUUUUAAGAAAUAUUAAACAAAAUAUUCUGCUAAAUGCUGGAAAAUGUAGUUGUUUUUAUUCUUUUUUUGUAGCAUCAAGAGUUUUUCUUUUUAAAAAAGCAACUAUUAAUACAUAUAGGUCUAUAUAUGUGAUUAUAUAAUAAGCCUAUAUAUAAAUCAUGUUAUAAAUUUAUUACUCCACAGUUGGUAUUUUUUUUCGAUUUUUGUAACAUCGAGAUUUUUUCUUAAGAAAAUUAACUAUAUAUAUUUAUAUAGGCCCAUACAUUUAUAGAUAUAUGUAUAUAUAUAAAUACACCAUUUCUAUAUAUACACGGUCCGUGUCUAUGUGAAAAAAUUCCACAGAACCACUCUUCAAAUAAUGAAAAAGUACCAUAUAUGUAUAUACAUAGGCCUAUGUAUGAUAAUAUUUUAAAAGCUCUUACACUACCAUACACUCCUUGAAAGUUGGUUUAUAUAAUAUAUAAAAAAGUUCCCCCAAAACACUUCUAUACACACACACACACAGACACAGACACACACACACACACACACACACACACAUAUAUAUAUAUAUAUAUA